AUGUUAAAGGGAGUAAAGCGAUUCAUAGCAGCUGAAGAAAUUCACCCAUGGCGGCACAAGAUCUCUGCAAAUCAACCCACAAUAAAAUCAUUCUCAUCAUCUUCUUCAAAAUCUUCCUCUUUGUGCAAUUACUACCUAAGAAAAACAAGAAAGUGGCCAAUUCAACCGCACAACAAACAAUUGCCUGAUUUUUUCGCUUUUCAAUUAGCUAAGAAAUCCUUCAAACAAUCGAUCAAAAAUUCCAAAUCUCAUCUUCUUCGUGACCUAAUCGACGCUUGUGCUGCUUACGAAGUCGAACCCACUCCGCAGUCCUACCAUUUCCUCUUCAAAAUUUUGAUUCAAAGCCGCCCUUCAAACUGCCAACACCAAAUCCUGCAAAUUUUGAGCCACAUUGAAAAUUUCGAAAACUUCGUGACACCCGCGUGCGUCUUCAUCGAUAUAAUCAAUUUUUACGGUGAAAACGACAUGUUCGAUGAUGCUGUAGAUCUUUUCUUGGCGACUCCAAGGUUUAGGUGUGAGCCAUCGGUAGAAACGUUGAACGCUUUGCUUUCAGUUCUUUGUAAGGUCGAAAAGGGAAUGAAGAUUGUGCCUACAAUAUUAGUCAAGAGCCAAUCGAUGAAUAUUCGGAUUGAAGAAUCCACUUUCGAAAUCUUAAUUAGGGCUCUUUGCAGAAUUGGGAGGGCGAGUGAUGCUUUGGGGAUACUGAAUCAAUUGGUGGAGGAAGGUUUCGACUUGGAUCAAAAGGUUGGUUCUUUGAUGCUCGCGACGAUGUGCCGGCAGCUGAAUUACGGCGUCGGCGGAUAUGGUGGUGAAAUUUGGGGGUUUUUUGAUGAGCUCAAAUGUUUAGGGUUUAAACCCAAGAGCAAUGAUUUCUUGAAUGUAAUUAGGGUUUUGGUGAAAAGGGGGAAAGGCAUGGAUGCAUUGGGAUUAUUGAAACAGAUGAAGAUGAAUAAAAUUGAGGCUAAUGUUAUGUGCUACCAUCUAGUGCUUGAUUGGUUGAUCUGCAACAAGGAGUUUCCAGUUGCAGAUAAGGUGUUUGAUGAAUUGCUUGUGUUAGGGUUAGUCCCAGAUAUUCACACGUACAAUGUGUAUAUAAAUGGUCUAUGCUUGCAAGGAAAGGUAGAUGAAGGGAUAUCAAUGUUUCAUUCGAUGGAGGAGUUAGGCUGUGUGCCCGACUUGAACACGUAUAGGGCUAUCUCAAGCGCACUGUAUAGGGCAGGGGAGCUAAGUCGGGUGCGAGAUAUGGUGCAAGAAAUGCGGCUGAAACGCAGGUGUUUAGAUCAGCAUAUGUAUGAGAUUCUGAUUGAUAGCUUUGCUGUUGAUGGUGACGUGGAAGGGGCUUGCGGUUUGAUAGAUGAAUUGUUGGAGGAAAGCCAUGUUUAUGAGUCAAAGGGUUUAGAUAAAAUCAUGUGUUGGUUGUGCAAGAUUGGUUUGCAGGAAAGAGCAGAGGAGUUGGUCGAGAAGAUGGUCGUAGGGGAUCUUGCAACGGGCGUGGAAGGUGGUAGUUCAAGGAUCUGAUCUCGCUUUGGUCCUCUUCCCCGGAGGUAUCUCGUAUAUGGAUAUACUUCGUUUGCAGCUCGAGUUUUAAUGGAGAUGUAAUCUAUCUGUGAUGUGAUGUGGCACCAUUAGACCUUGCUGAUUUGAAUUUCAUUCCUAUUAGUUGUAGCAAUGACCAUUUAUAUAGUUACGAAUAUUUCAUCAAAAGAUAUUCAUUGUUUUUUGUGUUA